AUGGACGGGGAUAUGACUACUAUUCGAAAGCCGGACGACGGUGGGACGAAAUCCUUCUCCUUUGACCACUCCUACUGGUCUUAUGAUAAGAGCGAUCCAAACUACGCAGGCCAACAACGUUUGUACGACGAUCUGGGUGUCGAACUCCUCAAUCACUCUUUCAGCGGCUACAACACCUGCAUCGUUGCCUAUGGACAAACGGGCAGUGGCAAGUCCUAUUCAAUGAUGGGUUAUGGUGAAGACCGUGGCAUUAUACCCCUUUCCUGCCACGAACUUUUCCGCCGGAUUGAAGCCAAUACGGAUCCAACCCUUAGUUAUCGAGUCGAGGUCUCAUACAUGGAAAUCUACUGCGAGAGGGUACGCGACCUUUUGAACCCCAAGAACAAGGGUCACCUCAAAGUUCGAGAGCACCCUUCACUAGGACCCUAUGUCGAGGACCUUUCUAAAUUGAUGGUCACCUCUUUCAAGGAUAUCGAGAACUUGAUGGAUGAAGGCAACAAGGCACGCACGGUGGCGGCGACCAACAUGAACGAGACUUCAAGUCGAUCUCACGCAGUCUUUACCGUGCUGCUCACACAACGACGACAUGACACCUUGACAAAGCUGGAGACGGAAAAAGUAUCUAGAAUUUGUCUUGUGGAUCUUGCUGGAAGUGAGCGUGCCAAUUCCACAGGAGCCACGGGAGCACGUUUGAAAGAAGGAGCCAAUAUCAACAAAUCAUUGACGACUCUAGGCAAGGUCAUCUCGGCCCUUGCCGACGCGUCAUCAGCAUCCACAACCACACUCAAAAAGUCCCUCAAAAAGCCUGCAGAAGCCUUUAUACCCUACCGAGACUCGGUUCUGACAUGGCUGCUUAAAGACUGUCUGGGAGGAAACUCGAAAACUACCAUCAUCGCCGCUCUUUCUCCUGCAGACGUCAACUACGACGAGACACUGAGCACCCUCCGCUAUGCAGAUCAGGCUAAGCGUAUCAAGAACAAGGCUGUCGUGAACGAGGACCCGAACGCCAAGUUGGUUAGAGAAUUGAAGGAGGAGCUGCUGGACCUACGAUCGAAACUCAGUAUCUAUGAUCCAUCACAGGCUGGCUCCGACUUGAAGGCUCCCAACUCCGCCGUCACCAUCGUCGAUCUCCAUGGUAACACCAGGACACUCACCAAGGACCAGCUUCAGGAUGAAGUCAAGGCGUCAGAAAAGAUUAUGGCCGAACUGAACGAGACAUGGGAGGAAAAGCUGCGCAAGACCCAGGAGAUUCAACAGGAGAGGGAAAAGACGCUGGAGGAGCUUGGAAUCUCUGUCGACAAGGGCCACGUCGGAGUUCACACGCCAAAAAAGAUGCCCCAUUUGGUCAACCUCAACGAGGACCCUCUUAUGUCCGAGUGUCUGGUGUAUCACCUCAAACCUGGCAAGACGCUUGUGGGACGCCUGGAGUCCUCAGCACCUGCUGAUAUCCGGCUAUCAGGAACCAACAUCCACGACGCACAUUGUUACUUUGAGAACAACAACUCCAAGGUGACCUUGUACCCAGGAAAGUCGUCGAUGACGAUGGUGAAUGGACUCCGCAUCAGCAAGCCCAAGCGCCUUCGAUCAGGAUUCCGUGUCAUCUUGGGAGACUACCACGUCUUUCGCUUUAAUCAUCCGGAAGAGGUUCGACGGGAGAGGGAUCUUCAACAGCAACAAGCCAGUACGCCUCAUUCCAGCACGGUCUCGUCCCCAGUCGGCAAAGUUCAGGCUGCGCACUCAAACGGCAUGGAGGAAGAUCGUCCCGAUGAUCGUCCAGACUCGCCUCUGUCGUCAGGAUCAGUUCAUUCAGAGUUUGUUGAUUGGAACUAUGCCCGCAAGGAGGCCGUCAUCCAUGCACACAUGCUCUCCGAGUCCAAUAUCAACCAGCUUAAGGAUCAGGAUUUGGACGUUCUCUUUGACAACAUCGCCAAAAUUCGGUACAUGCGGAAGAGCGUAAGGUCUGAGAGUCGCGCAGGAUCAAACUUUGAUGACGAAACCGAGUCGAGAUCAUCACGUCUUUCUUUCAACGGACGGUGGCACGGCGAGAAUACGAUGACGGAGGACGGGCGCGAGAGUCCUAUCCCUCCCUUGGAGUCUUCUGCAUUGGCCUUGAAGGAGAAGCUGCGAUUGGCGCAAGAGGAGAUGCAGCUCAUGAACCAGCAAAAGGCCGAGUAUGAGGCCAAAAUUCAGAACUUGUCGGCGGCAGAGGCUAAAUCGGACGAACUCUUGGCGGAGAAGGCAUUGAUGGAGGAGCGACUUCGACAAGCCAAGGAGGACCUGAUGAAGAAACUAGACCAGCAGAGGGAGCAGUUUGAGGAUAAGAUGAAGCGUCUUUCUCUUACGAGUGUUGCCAGCCAUCACCUGGAAGAGUCGCAGCUGAAGGGCAGGCAGUUGUUGCCACUUUACUCGGACUACGAGCUGAAGAUUAUCCACAAGACAUUGAAGCGUUGGAAGGAGGAGCGGAGUGUGCAGAUGGCCGAAUCUAUUUUGACGAACGCGGUGCUGAUCAAGGAAGCCAACAUCAUCAGUCGGGAACUCUCCAAGGACGUCGUUUACCAGUUCACCAUCCUCGAGGCCGGGUCCUUUUCCAACCCAACGUCAUUCUGGGAGAGCACAGCUGGAUUGUCGCAGUUCAACCCCAACCCAGAUGAAGAGCCGUCACUGUCGAAUCUGAAGCGGUCGUGCGUGGGCAUCAAGGUGAUUGACAACAAGCACCACUCGAUCUAUCUCUGGUCUAUCGAAAAGCUCAAAGUACGACUUCAGCGGAUGCGGAACCUUUACAACUUUGCCGACCGGCCGCAGUACAGGAAACACUUCAACAUGGAGGAUCCAUUCUACGAGACGCCUAGCCCACGCUUCACCUUUGUCGGUACAGCCUCGGUUCCCUUGAAAAGUUUGAUCAAGAUGCAGUUCACGGAGAGCGUCAUUCCGAUCGUCUGCCGCACUACUGGCAACACUAUGGGCCGCUGCAGGAUCGGACUCACCCCAUUGAGUUAUAGCGACGCCAAAGUCCGAUCCAGCCUUACACCCAUCACUUCGACACCCACUUCUCCAACAACCCUCAGUCAGAGUCGAGGACCCAGCAGAGGCCACAGCCGCGAGCGAUCGCGUCUUGGAACCAGCAAUGGCAAGGUGGACGGUGCAGAGUCGGCUGUCGGUGUUGGUGACCAGCUCCUGUUCGAGAUCUCGCUAGUCGCUAUUGAGGGACUCUCCGAGAAGCAAUAUACCCAGGUCCACGCCCAGUUUCGCCUUUCGAACUUUGGCGGAGCCGCUCCCAACACUGCUGGAGAGAAGAUUUUCGCUACGGAGCCCGUCAAUGGUUUCGACGAUCAAGCCAUCUUUUUUGGUUUCACACAGACGAUCUCUAUGGUGGUCACUGAGCCAAUGUUGGAGGUCCUGACAAGCGGGAGUCUCCAUUUCGAGGUGUUUGGGCAAGCGAGACCCGCGACAUUGACGGCGUGGGAGAAGUGGGAUCUUGAGCAAGAACUUUCUCAUCAGCAACAAAUCCAGCAACAGGAGGAGGCCCGAAAGAGUGGACUGGCGGCGUCAAAAUCAGGCGUGAAUGGACCUAACAACCGAUCAUCCUUGGAGAGUAUUGGGUCUGCCAGUGGACUUUCGGACCUGCGAUCAGAGGAGGAGAACGCGAAGGAGGAGCAGCACGAUGUUUUGGCGUUUGUGCAAGUCUGUGAGCUUGCACCCGAGGGCGACUAUGUCCCAGUCCAAGUCCUUUCGAACACAGUCAUGGACUCGGGAGCGUUCCAGCUUCGCCAAGGACUGCAGAGGCGCAUUAUUUUGUCUCUCUCGCAUACUUCCGGUCGGCAGUUUCAGUGGAAUAAGGUCUCUAGGAUUCAAGUGGGAAACGUUCGACUUGUUGACAACAAGGGUCGCACCACCGAUUCGCCUGUUCGGGAUGACAUUUCUCUCAACCUUGUGCCUGGUCAAAAGGUGGACUAUCCGACUGACGGCACAAGUGACCUCGUUGUGCAAGCAUCAUGGGAUAGCACUCUCCACGACUCACUGUUCCUGAACAGAGUGACUGCUUCUGGCACCCGCGUUCUUCUCACCUUGACAUGGACAGUGGAGGCCGAUCGAUGCCCCGAGCCUGUCCGGUUCCAGAUGGAUAUUGCAAUGCAGAUUCAGGAUCGGGAGGCAAGAGCACCGUCCAAGCUGACUUCUUUCCUUGCGUCGACGAGGAUGCUCUCUCGUGUGUGUGGUCUGUUCUUGUUGAACCUCAAGCCGAUUAUUCCCAGAAGAGUGUCUGAGUUGUGGAGGAUGGACACGGCGGGAAAUUACGUGAGAGGAGCAGAGUUUUUGGCUGACUGGAAACCCCGAGGAGUCUCUCUAGUCACAGGGUUCAAAACACGGACAUCACGUUUGGCUCGGCACGAGGAGGUUUCCAAGACGCGACAGUUCCUGCAACUGCGAGGACUUUUAAACCCAGAGGAAGCAUCCAGUGGGUCAAGCGGAGAUGAAGCAGAGACAGUUGUGGACGACUCUGGAGAGGACAAGGCAUUGGAUCAGCACUCGCAAGAUCUGCUGCAACGGAUGCUCCAGCUCUGGACACGCAAGGAGCUGACUGCUGAUGAGGUGUUGCGCCGACAGGACCCACCAUCGGACGAGGAAGAUUCGGAGGCAGCAAAAUCGGGGCGACCUGUCGCUCGUUUCCAGUCUGAGGUGAAUUUUGUCACCAAAAGCGAGAAUAUGUCGAAGCGAGGAUAUUUGCACUAUCCCGAGUUCAAGGACGAUGUGUGGGUGAAGCGAUGGUUUGUGAUCCGCCGCCCGUACAUGUUUAUCUACGCCACCAAUUCUGAGAUGGAGGAGCUUGCUGUUGUCAAUCUGACCCAUGUCCGCGUUGAUUACAAGCAAGAUCUUGAGGAAAUGCUCAACCGAAAGUACGUGUUUUCGAUAUUCACGUCGAACAACGCGUACUUGAUGCAGGCACCCUCGCGGGAUGAGAUGUGCGCGUGGCUGAAACAGUUCGACCAGUUUUUCAAUGUGGCGCAGAUCCCAGCUUGA